UUUUUGUAAAUUGUUUGAACAUUGUAGUCGAAUGAAAUGUGAUGUCCCAAAAACUUUAUUUUAAAUUUAUUGACGAGAAAUGUUUAUAGCCUUGCGGAACUUCUUUAAAUAACCUCAAAUUCAAAGCCCUGAAGAAGAAUUAAAUUAAAUUCGAAAGCUUGGCAAAGAAUGAAGAGUUUUUCUUAAAUUCUCCCUACAAAAGUAGUCGUUAUACCCUUAUUCACAAAUUAUAUCAAUAAUCUAAAAGACUAUUAAAUAUUGAAACUUCUAUCAAUACCAUGGGUUUUUUCGAAGAAAUAACACACAACUAUGGAUCCGUAACAACAAAGGAAAUGAAAUUAUGGAGUACUAACAACAAGAAGAUGGCUGCAGCUUUAAACAGACGAAUAUUUCUUUUGGAGUGCAAACGACAAGGACUCACACCAAAACACAUAACAUCUAAUUUAAAAAGUAUAAUGGGACUAUUUGAAUACGGAAAUCAACGAUUAAAUAAGAAAAUACGGGAAUUCAAUGAUGUCACAAAGAAGAAAAUUUUAAACCUAGAACUGUGUCAGGUUAAUCAAAAAAUAAGAAGACUACAAUUAGAAAAUGAUAAAACAAAACACAGGUUACGACAUCUGCCAGAAUAUAUUCUCAAAGAAUAUCAACGCAGACUAGAGAUCUCGUUUAAUAGAGAGUUUCACGUAAUUAAAGAAGCCAAUAUAAGAAAAAUUAAUAACCUCAAAAACAACAGUAUUUCUAACUUCAAAACUCAAGAAAAAUGGAUUAAAAAUCUAUCCAGUAAAGAAUUACCGAACACAGUUAAAAAUCUUUUGUCUUUAGGAUCCAAAUUCAGUAUCCCAACUACAAAAAAAGACGUCAACAUCGAUCGUAUAAUAGCAGACACCGAAUAUAUUUUGGAAGCCAUACCAGCUGAAAGAAAAGAUAUACAAAGAGCAAAGGUUACAAAUGUAGUAACAAAUUAUAUCCAUAAACCCACUGAGCAAAACAAUUUAACUCAAGGAUGGUAUAGGGAAAGCAAAAGGUUUUUGAAAGAAAAUAGUGAUCUAGUGGUGUUGAACAGUGACAAGGGUGCAGUGACGGUCAUAAUGGAGGAGAGAGAUUAUAAUGAGAAGAUGAAAGCUAUCUUACAGUCAGAAAAUUUCAAGAGACUACCUAGAGAUCCUACCCAGACAAUACAAACAAAAUGUAAUAAGUAUAUAGACAGACUUGAAAAACUGAAAUACAUAACGAAAGAACAAGCAAAAACAAUGAAAACAUACAACUCAGUUGCUCCAAGAAUCUACGGAAAUCCUAAAGUUCAUAAAAAUGGGUUCCCAAUGAGACCUAUAAUAUCAAGUCUAAAUAGUCCAAUGAAUAAGUUAUCUAAAUUUGUUGCUGACAUCCUAAAAACAGCAUAUGAUGAAGAAAAUGAAUACUACGUCAAAGACACUUUUCACUUUGCAACAACAAUAAAUAAUUUCAAACUUCCAGAAAACUACACGUUAAUUUCUCUUGAUGUCAUCAAUUUGUUUGGGAAUUUAGACAAAAAAGACAUAAUUGAAGUGAUAAAACAAAAAUGGAGUGUGAUAAAACUAUAUACAGAUAUUGAUGAAGAACUUUUUAAAGAAAUAAUCCUGUUUCUGUUGGAGAAUAAUUACUGUGUUUUCCAGGGAGAAUAUUAUCUCCAGAUAUUUGGGUGUGCGAUGGGGUCCAAACUGAGCCCAAGACUAGCUCAAUAUGUAAUGGACCAUUUAGUGAAAAUAUGUGUAAGCAAAUUACCUUUCAGUGUACCAUUUUUGAAAAAGUUUGUAGACGACAUAAUAAUGUCUGUUCCAAAAGAACAAACACAGACUACAUUGAAUUAUUUCAACUCUUAUUCUGAAAACCUACAAUUCACCCUAGAGGUAGAAGAUCCAGAACAUAGUGUACCCUUCCUAGAUACAAAAGCUCAAAGGGAAGACAACAUAAUAAAAUUGAAAUGGUAUAGAAAAGAGACUCAUUCUAAUAAGAUGAUUCAUUAUAACUCGAAUCACAGUAUGAACAUGAAAAUUAAUGUAAUAAAACAGAUGAAGAAAAGAAUGAGUAGAAUAUGUCACGAAUCACAUGUGAAAGAGGGAAUAAGAAAACUUUUUACAAUUUUUGAAGAAAAUGGGUACCCAUGCGGAAUGUUGAAUAAACUACUUUUCUCUAGCCACGAAACAGAAGACCAACGCCCAGAAAUUGUCGAUACACCAGAACAAACUCAUUACGCUUCAUACCCCAACAUAAAUGGAUUAACAAAUAAACUGAAAAACAUAUUUAAACAGGACAACAUCAAAAUUGCUGUGUACAACCAAAAAACUGUAGGAAAAUUAUAUACAAAACUGAAAGAUCCAAUUCCAACAAAACUAAAGAGCAACGUAGUAUAUGAGUUGAAAUGUGAAGAUUGUGAAAAUAAAUAUAUAGGACAGACAUCCCAGUGGUUGAAGAGUAGAUUGGCAUAA